GUAAGCGUGACCUUCGACGAGUUCUCCAAACUGCGGGUCAUGGACCCAACGCAGUUCGAGGCGUCGGAAAGGCUGAAGGAUGAGUGUAGCGAGUUUACAGAGCGGAUGAAUGGGUUCAACGAUAUCAUCCAGAUGUUCAUGAAGAUGAUGGAAGAGAAGGCGCUACAGAUUGAGGCUGAGAAACUCAAAGCCAUCGGACUCCGCAACCGCUCCGAACGCGAGCUCGACAACCGCCGCCGCAAGCAGAAGGAGAUGCAGAUGUUGAUCAAGGAGCGACAGGCUGAGCUGGAUAGG